AAUUUUCUACGCAAUUUCGUGACUUUUAACGGGUUUUGAGGUGACUGACAUUUUGAGUGAGCAUGAUUGACAUUUUUGAUCUCCCCCUUCGUUUCUAAGUCAAUCGGAAAAAUCAAUGAAAACGCGAAGGCGCUUAGCCUACUUGCGUUAUAUAUAUAUUUUUUCUUUCACCAUUAUCACACUUGUCUGUCCCGUAACCGCACCUGUUGAUUUGAGAAGAAUUUGGAAGUCCGAUUAUUUAAAAUAAGAAACAUCUUUAUUUAUUUUUGGACCUUUGCUUGCAAAAAUUCCUAUGAUUGAAAACUUUCCUUAUCAGUAUCAAUUGUGUGCAGACAUGGAUCAAAUAGGAGAGCCUGCACAUACUCAAAAACUAGAAGGUUUUAAAUAUUUGGCGGUGCUGACGGAAGCCUUUGGAAUUUUGUUAAUCGUGCUUAUGAUAGCAUGGAAUUAUAACUACAGAGGUGGUUUCGCUUGGUCUUCAGAUCCAAAACUUCAAUUUAAUUGGCAUCCUAUGUUAAUGACGGUUGGGCUCGUUUUUCUAUACGCUAAUGGAAUGCUGAUCUAUAGAACGCAAAGGAACGUGCGAAAGAGGCGACUUAAGUUGAUUCAUGGAGGAAUAAUGCUAUUCGCGAUUCUCUUGACAAUUAUAGCUCAGGUGGCUGUUUUCAGCUUUCAUAACCAGAAUGGCAUACCGAACAUGUAUUCCCUUCACAGUUGGGUUGGAUUAUCGGCAAUCAUAUUAUUCUGCUUUCAAUGGCUUGCUGGCAGUGUUUCUUUUCUUUAUCCAGGAGUUGAAGCACCUCUGCGAACUGCUUACAUGCCAAUUCAUGUUUACUUCGGAACUGCGGGUUUCAUUGCUGUCAUUACUUCAUGUUUACUAGGCCUUACUGAAAAAAUCUUGUUUGUUGACAAAGAUAACGCUUAUUCAAAGUUCGGCGCUGAAGGCGUUCUAAUUAACAUUAUGGGAUUGCUUUUUGUAAUUUUUGGAGGAUUGGCAGUGUACUUAUCCUCUCAGGAUCGCUACAGGCGACUUGCUCGUCCAGAAGAUGACUUCCUUCUAUCAAAUAGAAAUAACUAAUUUUAUAUGCUUAAGAGUCUGUAUUAUGUACCACAGAUCUUAAUACCAAAUCAGCAUAAGGUUUUACUGACUGAUCUAUACAUAUAUCACAGUUUUAAUUACAUUUUUUGUAAUAAUUUUAUGUUCUGAAUUCGUCAGCGUUUCCAGCUCAUCUUUAUAUUUGUCAUCAAUUUUUUAAAAUGAAGAUUUCACAUUCAAAAUAAUAGGUGCAUUCACAUUUUUGAAUAUAUCGCUAUUGAAAGUAUAAACGUAGAAUUCAGAAACGAAAAUUAUGAGAAGGCCUCAAAGUAUAAUAAGAUUGUCUAAUCGCGAAGUAAUCGAAAAAUGGUUUAAGCAUGAUUGAAUACUUAAAUUUGAAAUUCAAUUCUAAUCAAUGGCAAAUUCUGAUUCAAAUAUAAAAUAAGGAAAUUAUUUGAACAUCCAGUUGAAUCUUGUAACGCAAUUUCAUAAUAAUCGAUAGCGUGGAUUUAUUUUCUUUUGAUGAAAUCUACAAAUAUUUGUGAUUUCAAUUCUAACAUAUGAGACUUAUUAUGUAUCGUAUCUGUUUAUCUAAUAACAAGUAAAUCCAAAGGCUAUUUGUUUUUAAGUUCUCGCACAAUAACGGGAUAUUAGGAAUAAUAGAAUUCAGGAUAUUGAAAGCAAAAGGAGAAUUUAAGAGCAAAUGGACUUUUCAUUGAAACAAUGGUGUCUAAAUGUCAGUGAUAAAAUAAUAUAUAACCAUAAUUUUAACGUAUUUAAGAGGCCUAUAUCUCUUUAUUUAUUUAAUAUUUGACAUGUUUUGAAAUAUUAUCUAUAGGUUUUUUUUUUUUUUUUUGAAGAUUUAUUGUUCCUCAAUUGAAAGUCGCAAAACUGUUUUCUUUUAUGAUCCCUAAAUUCCUUGGACCUAAGGAUAAUUUUCUAAAUUGAGAAGGUUGUGAUUUUUAUGCCAAAACUUGUAAUCGACGUAGUUAAUUUUGUUUAUUUUUAUAUACUAUAACUGUUUAUCUAUGGUGCUAAUGUUAUAAUGUUAUUGAAGACAAAUUUUGUCACAUUUAUGUGUAUUUUACUCUACUUACAAAUAAAAUACCCUGCAUAAU